UCAAAAGAGAUGGAAGAACCUCUGAUCCAAGAAGCAGCUCAGUAUUAUGAGGAGCCUAUUCUAACUCAACUUAUUGUAGAAAAGUAUGUUAAAACAUGUCAGUUUAGUUAAAAACACAUCCACUAGAUGAGGACUUACUAUUUAAGUACCUGUGGUGUGCUUGGUAUUGUACAAAACAUACUCAUAGACAUGGCUCCUGCCUUGUCGGGUUUAGAGUCCAAAAGGCAGAUAGACAUCAGACACAAAUGCACUGCAAGACAAAGGGUAAUGGUAACUAGAAUGUGUGUGUAUGCACAAAGUUGUCUGCUCCAUUUAAGACCCACUGUGUGGUAGAACACCAGCAGACUGGCUGUACAAGGGGUGUUGGCAUAAAUUACUGAAAAGAGGGUGCCAAUGGGGAUGGGCCUACAUGGUUAGAGUUCAAGUGGCCUUAAUACACCAUAAUAGCAGUGUUUAUUAUGGAUGGAGAGCUGUAUUGCAGCCCUGUGCCCUGGCUCUAGAAUCUUGCUUCCCUACCUCAUUCACACUUCACUUGCAUAAAGCCUGAUUCUUCUUGCUUUAUUUGCGUAAAAUGAAUUUCACUGUAAGUGUACAUGUAGUUUUCUAUAUAAAGUGAAUACACUAGUGUAAUUACAUAAUAUUUGGUGCUGCUUAUCAUUUAGGGUGAGGUGCAUAAUGAGCAUGGGGGUACCCACUUCCUGACAGUACUUUGGUCAUGAAAGGGGAGCAAGCCUGAUGUUCCACCCAGCAGCAAAAUGCAGCAUAUGCUUUCACGCCACCUCUUCCAGAAUGGGAGCUAACAGAUGCUAACAAUCUAUGAAGGAGAAAAAGUCCAUGGAUUAUAUGAUGGAGAAGGUGUAGCAUAUUUUCAGGGAGGAAAUAUAUACAGAGGCAUGUUUUCCGAAGGGCUCAUGCAUGGACACGGGAUUUAUACAUGGGCUGAUGGAGUGAAGUAUGAGGGGAACUUUGUUAAGAAUGUGCAGAUGUAUAAUGGCAGUUACACAUGGCCUGAUGGCAGCAUGUAUGAAGGAGAGGUGAAGAAUGGAGUCAGGCAUGGCUUUGGCAUGUACAAGUGUGGCACCCAUCCAGUUUCAUACAUUGGCCAAUGGUGUGAAGGCAAAAGACAUGGAAAGGGUACCAUUUAUUAUAAUCAGGAAGGUACUUCCUGGUAUGAAGGUGACUGGGUAAACAACAUCAAAGAUGGCUGGGGGAUAAGAUGUUAUAAAUCUGGAAAUAUCUAUGAAGGUCAAUGGGAAAAAAAUGUGCGCCAUGGGGAAGGACGGAUGAGAUGGCUGACGACUAACCAGGAGUAUACUGGACAGUGGAUAAAUGGCAUACAGCAUGGGUCUGGUACCCACUCCUGGUUUCUGAAGAGAAUACCUGGGUCUCAGUAUCCUUUGAGGAAUGAAUAUGUAGGGGAUUUUGUAAAUGGGGAUCGUCAUGGACAUGGAAGGUUCUUCUAUGCCAGUGGAGCAAUGUAUGAUGGAGAAUGGGUUUGCAAUAAAAAACAUGGCAUUGGGAGAUUUGUCUUCAAGAAUGGGCGUAUUUAUGAAGGGGAGUUUAUAAAUGAUCAAAUAGCAGAGUACCCAGCUUUUCAAGUGGAUGCAAUGAAUAUGCAGGAUCUGAGUGGCAUUCGUACGCAAAGUCCCUUUGGCACUGAAACCAUCAGAAUAGUUGAUGGCCCAGGAAAUACUUCUGUGUUGGGAUCAAACAUUGAACUAGACAUAUCUUCAUUGCUGAACUUGUUUCCGGAGAAAGACAGACAGGAAGAAAUGAAACAGGUAGAAUAUGCGGUAUUGAGACAUAUUACAGAACUGAGAAGAAUCUACAGUUUUUACAGCAGCUUAGGCUGUGAUCAGUCUCUUGACAACACCUUCCUGAUGACUAAGCUCCAGUUCUGGAGAUUUCUGAAGGAUUGCAGGUUUCAUCAUUACAAUGUAACCCUUGCUGAUAUGGACAGGAUACUGAAUGAAGAUAAAACAACACCUGAGGAGGUGCAUUCUCCAUAUGAAACUUUGCUGCUAAGAACAUUUUUGACUUGCCUUAUUCAUCUAGCAGUCCAUAUCUAUCACAAAGAGCACAAAGAUAAAGGUCCAUAUCUGUUUAAGUGUUUCUCAAAAAUGAUGAUGAAGAACAUUAUUCCCAAUGCCUGUCAUAUACAAGGCAUUUUAUUCUGUGAACAGCAACAAACUGUCUGUGCAAUUAAUUACAUUGAUAAAUGCUGGGAGAUAUACAGGGCUUACUGUAGACCAAGCACCAUACCUCCUUAUGAACCCACAAUGAAAAUGAGACACUUCCUCUGGAUGUUGAAAGAUUUAAAUAUGCUAAGCAAACAAUUAACUGCUACAAAAAUUGUGGAAAUACUGGUAAAGGACAAUCCUUUUGUACGCGAUGGAGAUGACAGCAAUUUACAGCAUGAGUUGGUUUUUCUUGAAUUCUUUGAAGCUCUCCUUGAUUGCGCCCUGUUAUAUGUUACCAAUGAUAUGAUUAAGCAGCAAGUAGAUCUUGUAAAUCAAGAAGGAAAUGGUUAUAGAACUGAAGAUUACACAGAAGGGGCACGGCAUAUUCUGCAGCACCCAGAAUACUCCUCAUUUCAGUCCAUUCAUAGCAGAAGUAUGACCAGUGCUGAGGUUAGCCAUGAACCCUCUGAGACAAGUCACUACUACAUUACUACGAGGUCUUCAAGCAAGCUAGCACAGUCACCUGAUAAUAGAAUAAAGAAACCAGAGCUUAAAUCCAAGGACUCUGCAGUAGAAUAUAGAACUUCCAGACAGACUUUUAAAUCCACUGAAAAAGAGAGAGAGGCCAUUGUAGAACAUGCUUCCACCAUAGGCUUCCGGGCACCAAAGGAAGGAGCUGGAACAGUUCCAAAUGUCACAUUCUCCUCAAACACAGUGUACCAGCUGUCUGCUGAUGACAAAGAUGAAAUGUUAGUUCAGUCUUUGAUGGAUUUGGAUGCAGAACAAGGCCAAGUGCUCAGCAACCCCAUGAAAGAAUUUGCAGAUAAACUAGAAAAAGCAAAAAACGAACAGAAGGAAAAACUCAGUCUGUGGCUGAAUCAGAUGUACAUCUUUUUUGUGAACAAGUUCUUUCCUGCCUACAAGCAUGCUCAAAUGGUGAAGGAAAAUGUAGAAGAAAAUAGGAAACGGGAUGCUGAAUUAGCCUUGCAGUUGAAAAUUGAAGAGGAAGCAAAGCUUAUCGCCAUAAGGAAAGCCGAAGAGGCCAAAAAACAAGAAGAAGCUGCAGCAGAAAAAGCAGAGACAGAUAGUGGAGUGGUUAAAGAGCCAGAGGAUUCAGCUACACAGCUGCCACUUCCUGCAAAGGAAGAAGUAGUGAUUCUGCCCCAGCCAGUCAUUAGCAAGGUUUCUGCAGGGGUGAAGAAAAAGAAAAAGUAAAUUAGGCUGACUGUUGCAAUAAUAAAGUUGUAAGUAAAGUCUGCGCUUGUUAACAUUUUUAAGGUAUCAGAUUUACUUUCUAGGUCUGUAAAAUCUAAACAUUACAAUGUAGGUUCUAGGAAAUGAAUGAAUACAAUUAUUUGUAUUUGUUUAUAUCAGAGGGAAAUUUAACUCUCCAGUCUUCCCCCACACCUCCAUCUGCUGAUAUCCUGAGCCCCCUAGAAAUUGGGGAGUGUGAUUAUAUAAUUGAUUGUUACAUAAAACUUGUGUAAACCUUUGAACAUACAAAGCCAUUCCAUACAUGUACUAUUUGCCAUAUUACGAGACAUUUUUCCAUUAAAAGAUCAUUAGUGUUUCAGGUUUGUUUGUUGGCUAACUCUUGUAACCAUGAGACUGCAUAGUCUGAAUGGAAUUUAAAACUAUACAUCCUGCAUGAGGCUUUUGCUUAUACAGACGUUCCUCAGGUUACACAAACCCAACUUAGGGAAAUCUGCACUUAAGUAAAAAGUUCCAUAAGGGUUUUUU